GGGGAUGAUCGCAAUAUACAAUUACGAGUAUCCAAAAUUCUUAGGAUUCCGUUAUGGAUAUUUUAGAAAUCAGGAUGUCAGUGGUCAAAUAUAAUAUUAAUAUUUGAUUUAAUUACUUAAUUAAAAUUUAAGCAGGAAAUAUAAGUUAAUUAUAUUGUGAAAUGUGUAGAGGGUAUCUCAUUUUUCUUGAAUAUCUGGGUUGACAGAAUUUUCUAACAUUUCUACAUUCUUUUUUUUUCUUUUUCAAUUUUUUAUAUUGGAUAAAAACUUUUUGAGAUAUUUCCAUUGUGGAUGCUCUUUGAAUAUGAAAUGACUUUCAUAUAAAUGUAUGUAUAAUAUCAAUAAAUUUAUUUAAUAAUUAAAUAAAGUAAAAAUUGUGAGAAUGUUCUAAUAUUUAUAAAAAUCAUCUUGAAUUAUUUUGUAUUGGCAUUUCAUUUUUAGAUGGAUUUUGCAUACUUAAAAUAUUUUAAGUUAUCCAAUAUAUAUUGAUCCAAAAUACAACACUGGAGAUAAUAACUGUAACAUAUAAAUACAUAGUUUAAUAUUUGGUUUCAAAUUUCCAUAUAUAAUUUUGUGGUCUUAAAAGUAAUAUUUUCAAAAUAACACCUAAAAAUCGACCUUUUUAGAAAUCAACUAUUUUAUGAAAAUUAUCAGUAUUUUCUAGAAAUUUAAUAUAUAAGCAAACUUAUUAUCUACAUAUUAACUCAUAACUUGCAAAAUAAAACUUGUAACCUUUUACAUUUUAUCAUAAAUUGUCUUGUUUUCUCGACAAGAUUGAUGUAUUUUAUGAAAGUCAAUUUUUUUACAUAUUCUUCAAUUUAAAGCAUGAGACAAAAAUAAUAUAAGCAUAGCAGUGUUUUAUGGAAGUUUCUAUCCAAUGAAUAUGUGGAUAACUACGACUUUAAUGAUAUGGCGAUCACAUUAACCGCAUGACGUCGAGAAAAGAAAAUGAUUUUUUCAACUUAAAAGAAAUAUAGGAGACAAUAGAUAACAGUAGUUUAAAUACUAUAUUACAAAAUUUUAAUCAAGAGAAUUAGUAUAUUUUUCUUCAAAAUCUACAUCUUAUCCAGAUACAAAUCUGGCGGACAUUUUGUUAUACAUAAAUAAGCCAGAGAUACUUGUUUCCUGUGUCAAAACAAAAAUAUAUGGUAAGUUCUUAACAAGGCACAAGUACUAAUGGUAAAGAUGAUAAAGAUAUCAUACUAAACAAAAAUAUAUGGUAAGUUUCAUAAACAUUUCAUCUGUAAUAAAGUAAAAUGGUCAAUAUUAAAUCAUGAAAAGUCUAAUCUCUCUCCCGCUCUCUCUCUCUCUCCCACUCGAUUUGCCAAUAAAUAGAAGAUAAUUGCCACCAAACUCUUUCGCACAAGUCAUAACAGUCCGUUCAAAGAUAUCAUCUUCUUUUCUUUUAAUCGUCUUCUUUGUUAUGGCGGAGAUAUCGGGAAAUGGCCACGACGACGCCAGAGAAGGAGCGGUGGUGGUGAACAUCAAUGAAGAACACGAACGUCAACAACAUAAAGAAGCUAUUCACAUCUCAAAAUCCAUGAAGAAACAAGACUCUCUCCUCUCAAUCUCUGUCCCUUUCUUACAAAAGUUGAUGGCUGAGAUUUUGGGAACCUACUUCUUGAUAUUUGCUGGUUGUGCAUCGGUGGCUGUGAACGCCCAACACGACAAAGCCGUGACUCUUCCAGGGAUCGCCAUCGUUUGGGGACUCACCGUCAUGGUUCUUGUUUACUCUCUUGGUCACAUCUCCGGCGCUCAUUUCAAUCCGGCCGUCACAAUAGCAUUCGCUUCUUCCGGCCGUUUCCCUCUGAAACAGGUCCCUGCUUAUGUGAUAUCGCAAGUGAUCGGAUCGACGCUUGCCGCGGCGACUUUGCGGCUGUUGUUCGGACUUGAUCAAGACGUUUGCAGUGGGAAACAUGACGUGUUCGUUGGAACAUUGCCGGCGGGAUCAGAUUUGCAGUCGUUUGUAAUAGAGUUUAUCAUCACUUUCUACCUAAUGUUCAUCAUUUCCGGCGUCGCCACCGAUAAUAGAGCGAUUGGAGAACUUGCCGGACUAGCAGUAGGGUCUACUGUGCUACUUAACGUGAUAAUUGCCGGACCGGUAUCGGGAGCUUCGAUGAAUCCUGGAAGGAGUUUGGGACCUGCAAUGGUAUACAAUUGCUACAAAGGAAUAUGGAUAUACAUAGCGUCUCCAAUUCUUGGUGCGGUUGCGGGUGCAUGGGUUUACAACACGGUUAGAUAUACCGAUAAACCGCUGCGUGAAAUUACUAAAAGCGGCUCCUUUUUAAAAGCUUUGCAAAACAGUAGCUCUCGUUAAGAAACAAAUUAGUGGCUACGUUAAGUUAGUCAUCAGAGGUUUAGUUGUAUCAAUCAGAAGUAAAGGGGAUAAUUUGGUUUUUGAGUUUUUUUUUCUAAGGAAAUAGCUCAGGGACGCACUAAGUUUGAAUGUGGGUGUGGUAUAUGAUCCACUCAUUUUUGUUUUUCUUUAAGUAGUUAGUGUAUAAUUUACCCCUAAUCAAUAUAUUUGUUAUGUGUGCCUUAUACUAAAUAAGUUUCUGGAUACA